CUCAAUCUCGCGGGUGUGCGCUGUCUGCCAAAGGGCUAUGGAUGCAAGUCGGUUGUCUGCCGGCAAUGUGCUGAUGGAGACCAGUGGAGAGGAAGAGGGAGAGGCUCAGAAAGUGAAAACUGAGUGCAUGAGACUUACUGAAGAGAGGGAUGAAGCUGAAAGACAACUAAAGCACAUCAGGAGAGUUUCCCAAAUGGUGAUUGAGGAGGUGAGUGUGUUGCAAACGCAGCUUGAGAUCGAGAAGUCAUGUCGAGAAAAUGCUGAGGCCCUGGCAACUAAGCUGAACUGUGAGAACAGGAAGCUCAAGUACCUGAGCCUGUCAUCUCGGCCAUGCCUCGACGAACUCUUGCCCAGCAUCUCUGACUGCAUCUCCCUGGAGGAGGAGGCAGAUCCUCAGGAGCACAGCCCAGAUCCUUAUGCCCAGUACCAACGGCAGGUCAAAGAUCUUCAAGAAACUGUGAACACUUUGCUGGAGGAAAAGAAGCAGUUAGCUUGUCAGUUGCAGGAGCAGCAGAGACAGCUCGAGGAGCUGACAGCACUUACUGUAAAAGAGCAAGCAGAGAUGAAGGAGCUUCAUAAAACAAUUGAGCAGCAAAGUAAGACCAUCAAGAGAUUCAACAGAGUGUCCAUGAUGGCUACUCAAGAAUAUGAGGGCCUGAAGGAGCAGCUGGAUCUGGAGCACAACUUGAGGCAGAAAGCAGAGACAUAUGCACAUGAGAUGCUGGUGAAGCAGAAAGAGGCCAACAGGCAGAGCAUGAUUCUCCUGCAGCAGAUGGACCCCAGCGUUCAGCUGCUCAAAGCUCUGGAGGAUGUGGCUAACAUGACCAAAACGCUGGAACAGGAACGGCUGCAGCACCAAGAGAAGGUGAAGGUUCUGGAGUCUGAGCUGGAAAAGUGUGCCUCGCAGAAGCAGCUGGCGCAGCUGCAGCAACAGCUGGAUCUCCUGGAAGAGGAGAAGAGAGACACUGAGGAACGACUGCACGAGGAGGCGAAGAAAAGCAGUGCUUUGGAGAGCAGAGUGCAAGAGCUGCAGGAGUCUCAGAGGAAAAGUGUUUCACCGUUGGAUACCUCCGCAGGGACUGCCCCGCCUCCUGCGCCUCCUCCCCAGCCCCCUCCCCCUCCCCCUCCACCACCCCCGCCUCCACCCCCACCCCCUCCAUCUCGCUGCAACCCCCUCAGCUCCCUCAUCGCGAUCAUGAGGAAAUCUUCCAAGGCUGGAAAAGGCUCCCCAAAAUUGGAGCAGGCUCCAGUGACUGAAGGUGUGGAUGAUGUCAAAGUAAAGGCUGUCAAUGAAAUGAUGGAAAGGAUCAAACAUGGGGUGGUACUCAGGCCUGUGAAAGGACAGGACACAAAGAGAUUUGGGACCAAGCAGCAAAGCCCAUCCACUGAGGAGAAGCAGCAGGAAACUGCCAUGGAGGAGCUGAAAGGCAUUCUGGAUACGGUGAAAAAGAGUCCCAGUCGUGGACUCCAGGAAACGCUGCCUGUUAAAAAGGACAGUGAACUGGAAGUGAUUCUCAGGAGGAGACGCAAGCAGGCCUGUGAUACUGCUUCAGGUAACACAGAUAGUCCUAUCAGCAAGGUCUGUUCGUCUGACAGCCUGAAUGGUCGGCACAGUUCGGACUCUGGCAGAGAGACAGAUGGGCCAGGAGGUGGUUCUCUCUCAGGCAGCGAGGCAGGCUCCAGGAGCAGCUCUGACUCAGGAAGAGAGGCUGUCCCAACUCAGAGCUGCUCAGAGCAGGGCGCCGAGCCUGAUGGUCUCAGGCAGACAGGCACAUACCACACACCUCUCUCUGGGAAAGGGCCUUGUGAGCCAACUGACAACAGCUCCUGUGCCUGGGAGCAGAAAGAUGAAGAUCAGGAGAAGACUGAGUGGCCGAGUCAGAUGCAGCCCCAACCACUGAGCGAGGAACCGCAGGGUGUCCUCAGCUCCUCAGAAGACCACUCCAGUGCAGUGAACAGCAGCAUGGACGCUGAGUGUUAACACCAUAUGGCACCUAUCAGGACGGCUGCAGAAUUUGCACAGAAUCUUGCAUUGGUUUUGCAAUUUAUUUAUUCCAAAUUCCAUACAAAACUUGAUAAAAGAUUCAUCUUAGGUAGUGAGUGUCCACUGAUGGAAUGCACUCUUGAGUAUUUAACUUUUCCUGUAGAAAUAUCCUGCAUAUUGAGAACUUAAAAGAAACCUGCCCAAUGUGUAUUUCAAAAUAAUCAUUUGAUCCUGUAUAAAAAUUUGGAAGCUGGAGCUGGCCAGGAUGAGUACAAUGAACUUUAAAGAACUUCUGAGAUUUGAAAUGCAACAUAUGUAAUGUGUUGCUAACAAUAUCUUUCCAAAGGAAACACAUAUUCUGAAAUGUACCAUUUUCUGAUUCCAUCAGCAGAGGGUUUAGACUAAGGACAUCUCAUCAUAGCAGUAGUGUUCUCUCAAUUUGAAUAGAUACAAAUGAAUCGUUCAUAGUCGGUUACAGUGAUGUACCAUGACAUAACCUUAUCUUUACGUUAUUCAUAGUAUCAUUAGGGCUGGGUGAUAUGGUCUAAAAAAUAAUAGCACAAUACACCUUCACAGAACAAAACCAACCCAAUCUUCAGAUCAUCUAAAUGUAAAUUGAUUGGUAGGGCAUUGAGGACCUUGUGUAUAGGUCUUAAGGACUUGGUAACAGAAUUUGGUCCAAGAUGACAUAAAAGGCCGGAAAUUAGUAAAUUAGUCAACAAGAAUAAUCAACAUGAAUCAGCUUUAAAAGUCUUUUUUAUAAGCCUGAAUUAUCAUCUACAGCCAUACAAGUUUAUAUCCUGAUAUAACAAUAAUCAGUAUGUCUUACAACAACCAAUGUUACAUCACAGUAACAGGCUAUAUAUCAUUGCACUCCCCAAUACUACCCUAUUAUUUCUAUGUUCUUUUUUUAAGUAAACUAUAGUAAAGUUCAAUGUUUACACUGCAAAAACUCUAAAUCAGCCUGAGAACAGUAGAACAGUACUGCACAUCAAAGCACCUUUGCUGUUAAAUCUAAGGCUCUGCGGUUCAAUCUGUGAACUGUCCUCGUGCAAACAUAAGCCAUGCGAGUGCUCUGAUUGAUAGUAAGUGAACAUGAAGGAGAAAGGUGAGAGUCUGUUUGGUCUACCUCCUACUAGACAAACUCACCUCCUAGCUGUCUUGUAUGAUACAGCUUCUAUUAAUCAGAAAAAUGUGAAUACCCUAAAGGAGUGAAAUGGUAUUCUCUGAUGUCUUCCACCUAUGUUCCUACAUUUUUGCACUGCAGUAAAUAUGCUGCUCGAGGAUAGUAUUUGUUUGUAUGUUUUUCACAAUUGAUUUUGAGGUAGAGCUAGGUGUGAAGGGGUGUCUAGAGGUAGGUGCCUGUAGCCUCUCCAAACAAUGCAAUAUCAUCUGCAAAUUGUAAUGGUGUGCAGUGCCAGUACACUGCAGACAAUUACAGCAGUUACAGUGUGAUACUGUAUCAGCUGUGAGAAAAUUUGACUGUUUUAUUUUAUGUGCUUUAUUUAGAUUUUGCUCUUAUGCUUUUGAAAACAGAAUUCUACAGUACAUGACUUACAUUUUUAUUUAAAAAAUGACUGGCCCCUUAAUUAGGCAGCACCUUUGAAAUGUAUCUUGGCCUUACUUAAAAAACAUGUCUUUCUUUUCAGCCUUAUAGACAUCUAGGCUUUACUUUAUAGGCUAUCAAUUUAAGGGGAUCAAUUUUGGAUUCCCCAGGGAGAUUAUCUGUCUGUUGUGAUCUCAUAUUGUCUGUGUUUUGAAGCUACAAAACAAUGAGUGCAUCUUUUUAUUUAAAAUCAUGUUAUUCUCUUGUGCCGUACCUUUUAAACUGGACAGAAUAAAGAUGAAAAAAUACUUCAAAGACUUUA